AUGCUGUCUAAUCGAAAUUCUGCGCGGUCCUUGGAAGAAACAAUUUCAGGGUCCUCUAUUGUGCAACCUCAAAGUUAUGACCCAGCAAACGAGAAUGAAUCAACUCCGAAGAGUUCUGCUCAUAAUGAGGAAAUAGACACCAGUGGUGGUGACGGUCCCUUCAAUGUUUAUAAAGAAUCGGACGCAACGUCUGAUAUCAGUCAGGAAAAAGUUAAUAAAAGAAAGCCAAUAUGGCGUAAAUACCUAGAAACAUUUAGACCUGGUUGGUUUUUAGAUCAUUUGGACAUGAACUCUUUUCGAACUGCAUUUUCAACGUGGAUUCUGGUAUGGAUAACUGUUAUAUUCUGUGUAAUUCCCAAAAUUAGUCAUUGGUUGGGUGGUGGGGCGUAUUUAUUUCAAAUCAUGCUAUUUAUUAUUGCUCCAGGUGGCCAACUGAUAAGUCUUAACUUGAUGGUAACAUUUCUUGCGGGUUUCUUUUUAAUUUGGGGAUGGCUAUUUUCAGUUGUUGCUAUGGCUAUUCAAGCUAAGAUACGAGGUUGGCCAACUGCUGAAGCUUUACUUGCAGAGUUGAUCCAAGAAGGAAUCUGUACUAGGGAAGGAGGUGAACUGUGUUUAGUCGAUCAGUUUUUCACAGGUAGAUAUUUGGAGACCAGGACCACCGUCGUUUGGAUUGUUGCGUUAAUCAUUGGAAUGACUACUUUUGGCUUGUUUGAGAAAAUUCAUCCUAUAAUGCGUAUGGGUUUUGUUAGUGCAGUUAUUAUGUUUGUAAUUCAAUGUUCUUACAACGUCAUGGUUCCUAUAUUUGCUCCUACUCUUAUUGGUUUUAAUAUAUUAAAGCCUAUGGGGCUAUCUUACUGCAUGAGAAUUUUAACUGCUUUGUUUAUUUUCCCAUUUACUUCAAGUUAUAAAUAUUUCAGUGCUUCCGGAAAUAUUCUUAAGGCCCUUGGAAAUGUCAAUAAAUGUAAUUCAAGAUUUGUUUUUUCACUCAAACCCUCUGCGGAUAACUUUCGUAACUUUCUGCAAUUUUCAAAAGAUAUCACCCUGCUUAGAGUAAAGGUUCCAGCUUUAGAUUUGUUUGCUUUAACAGCACGGUAUGAAAUUGCUUAUAGUCGUUUCGAUCCAGGUAAUCUCGCUGAAUAUCGUUCUCAUUUGAAAAAUCUCAUUAGUAUAACUGCCGGCUUUGAAUAUUUCUACCAAUUAUUAGCUGAAAGAAAAGAUACGGCUUCAAAUAUUUUUGCUGGGCUACAACGGAGAGCUAGUGUUGCAAGCACUUUUCAAGAUUCAGCACACGGGAAACUUUUAUCAACCUUGAGAGAAUCAUAUUAUGAAGUGGGACAAUUCGAAAAUGAAAAACGCAUAACUGAACUUAGGAACAGGUUUGAAGGUCAAGAUCCAACUGAAAGAGUAUCUUUAGCAGAUCUAGAUUACAUAUCAGAACACAUUAAAGAAGCUUUCAAGCCAAUAUUAAUCUGCACGACUGAAGCAUUCGACACAGUGGUGGAUUGGAUUUUUGCUGCAAACAAUUAUAGAUUAGGCAGUUAUUUCAUCCCCUCUAUUCGUCGCAAAUGUGAAGCUUCUCAAAAGCUUAAUCAUGAUAAAAUCGUUGCAAUAAGAAAGAGAAUGAUCGAUGAAUUAAAAGAUCUUGAAUUGGCCGAAAGAAGUCGAACAGACAUGAUGAGAGAAGCUAAUAAAAACGAAGAGACUGUCUUGACUUUUAUCAGUCAAUCUUCGUUAUUAUUUUUCAUUGUUCAAGAGCAAUGCAAAGAGCUAAUAAAAGUUAUUGAUUUAUUUCUCGAUUUAGAUGAAUCAAGACCGAAACCCAUGAUAAUCACUUAUUUUACACAUUCAAACUAUAGUACUAAGUCCACUUUCCAAUCAAGUCUCUCCACAGAGGAUCCUACUACGCUGUCUAAACAGUUUUUGGAAGAGCAAGUAAAGGCAAGGGAUCCAGAUGCUUUACAACCUUCCAACAUAUUCAUGAAAGUUGGUAGUUUUUGCAUCCAUUUUUACAACCAUUACAUUUUAAAUGAACAUUUAUGGUUUUGGAUUAGAGUAGGUGGUUUGGUUACUAUCUGUUCUAUCCCGUAUUAUUGUCGUACAACUGCAGGUUGGUAUUUCAGUAAUAGAUUGAUUUGGCUUCCAAUUACAUGCGCUGUUUCAACUUCAGAGUAUUCAGCCGAAACUAUAUACAUGUUUGUUUGUAAGAUUGUCUAUUCGUUUUUGGGUUCUCUUGUUGGAUUGGUAGCAUGGUAUAUAUCUACCGGGAAGGAAAGAGGUUAUCUACCAGUAACUGCUGUAGUGUACUUUUUCCUUGCAUACUACAGACAUCAUGCUCUGCAUGUUAGUGCUAUGCCAUCAGUAAUGAUUGCUAUAACUCCGGUCUUAACCUUAGGUACAAGUUGGGUCGAUACAUAUAACCAGUUGGCCAACAUAGGACACGGUCUUCGUCCGGCUGUAACUAGAUUCAUCAGUGUUGUGAUUGGUUUAGUGGCAGCUUUCUUGGCCACUGUAUUCCCCAAAGUUAAUAGUAGUAAAGCUGCUGUUAGAAAAUCCUUAGCAAACGCCCUUGAAGCAACUGGUAACUUGCACUGUAAUGUCACCAAAUUGGCAAUGCAAAGAAUCAAGAGUCCAGGUCUUCAUGUUCUUAAUAGACAUGACAUUCUUGUUGAAAGGUUUAGACAUAUAUUGUUGACAUUAGCAAAAGUGAAGGCUCUUAUGAAACCAAUUCAAUAUGAGGUUCCACUAUAUGGUCUAUGGCCACAAGAUAAAUAUACCAAACUACAUUCAUUAAUAAACGACGUGGUUCAAUUAUAUUUCAUGAUGUUUACUAUUGUCGAUCAAGUUAAAGAUCCCAAUGAUUGGAUGGAUCAUAUCAUUCACCGAGCAGGUUGGUGUGAUAUAGAUUUAACCGCUGACAUUUUUUCAUUAGUACAUAUGACAUCACAAUCCCUAAGAUCCAAAAGUCCUUUGCCGAAAGUUUUGUCUUCUAAUUUAUCUAUAAAACACCUCGAUAUCUUGAGAACCCAAUGGGGAAUCAAUAAGGUUUCUUUAAGUGAAAGGUUUUACACAGAUGGUAGAAGAAGCUAUGAAACUAGUUCCCAAAAUUUUUUGGAUAGAUUAGACUUCGACAGGCUAUUCAGCCCAGAUGGCCGUUUGAAUGUUGUAACGUUAUUAUUAUCUCAUUUGAUUUAUAAAAGACUUGAUCAAAUUUCGUUUGCUGUCAAAAAUCUCGUGGGAGAAAAGUAUGAUGUCGAUAAUGAUCUUGUAUUAGACUUUAAAAACGACUAG